CAAUCAUCCCCCGCCCGGCUCGGCGCUGGGCUCGGCAGGAGGAGCGGGGCCGCUCGGUAGCGCCGAGAGCCCGCGGAAAAACCUCCGCUGCCCCGGCGCUGCUCCCGUAGCCGUGCGGCGUCUCCAGCCAGAGGAACCGGGCUGCCUGCGCCCGGCGCAGGAGGAAAAUGGCUGAAAUUCUUGGACCAACAUCCAUCCAUGAUGAGGAAUCCUUGGAAAGCAGAAUGGUGGUUACGUUCCUCAUGUCAGGACUGGAGUCAAUGUGUAAAGAACUUUCCAAAUCCAAGGCAGAAAUUGCCUGUAUUGGUGUAUUUGCAAGAAAUGUUUUUGUUGUUGGAACUGAAAGAGGAAAAGCCUUUGUCAACUCUAGGGAAGAUUUUAAGAUGGAUUUUAUGGAAUAUUGUGUUACAGAGGAGGGCAGGCCUCCAGAACUGCAGAAAACAAAGACUGCACCACCUGUAAACAGACAGGCACUGGAUGCUGAGGAGCUGGAGGCUCUUAGAAAGUCUGUGGAGGAGUUUUUCUGCUUUUCCUAUGGUAAAGCUUUAGGAAAGUCAGCUGCAGUACCUGUGCCAUAUGAAGAGAUUCAGAGGAACCAGUCUGUUGUGAUAGUGCAGGGCCUGCCUGAAGGAGUCACAUUUAAACAUCCAUCAAAUUAUGAUGCUUCCACCCUGAAAUGGAUUUUGAAAAACAAAUCAGAGAUCUCAUUUAGUAUCAACAGGCCUUUCGUAGAACCAAAGAAACAGAUAGAAGCUGAUGAGACAACUCCUUCACAUUCAGUUAUACCCCCACUUGAAAGUUGUCCUCCUGUUACUGUGAAAACAGAACCAAGCAAGGAUCCUGAGACCAACGAGGAUCAUGGAAUUUCUUCCAAAUUGUCAACAGUAACAUUGAAACAGGAAAAAGAUGAUCCUAACUACUAUCAAUUUAAUACUCCAGCAGGCCCUUCCAAAACACCAGAGAUAGAUGAAAACAUUGCUCCUGGAAAAACUUACCCAGAAACCUCCCAGCCUGACUCAUCAGAAACAAGUGAGGAUUCUGAGGCUGAGUUCGGUAACGAAGAUGAUGGUGAUGUUGGUGAUGAUAAUGAUGAUGAGUACAUGCCCCCUGAAGAGAGUUUGAGGAGCCCCAGUUCGGCUACCGAAGGUGCCAGUACUGGGAGAAGAAAUGCAGAACAAUUCAGUUUUGAGACCUCCCACCAUGACAUGUCAGAAAUAAGUGAGAAACCUGAGGUUGAGGUCACCAUUGAAGAAGAUGAUGAUGACUAUCCACCACCUGACAAGAGGCAGAAGAGCACCAAGUCAUCUAAUGAAGGGGCCAGUACUAGGAAAAGAAAUGCAGAAGAGUCUGAUUCUGAUUCCUCCCAGGAUGACUCGUCAGAAGCAAGUGAGGAUUCUGAGGCUGAAAUCACUAGUCAAGAUGAUGAUGAUGAUGAGUACCUGCCCCCUAGCAGAAGAAAGAGGAGGAAGAGGAACACCAGGUCGGCUAAGGAAACUGCCAACAAAAGGAGAAGAAAAGCACAAUAUUUCAACUGCAAUUCUUCCCAACAUGACUUGUCGGAAAAAAGUGAGGAUGCUGAGGUUGAAGUCACUUUUGAUGAUGAUGAGGAUGACUUCCCACCACCUGACAAGAGACAGAGGAGCAGCAGUUUGUCUAAUGAAGAUGGCAAUGUUGAGAGAAGAAAAGAAGAAGAGUUCAAUUGUGAUUCCUCCCAACAUGACACGUCAGAAAUAACUGAGAAUCCUGAGGCUGAGGUCACUGUUGAAGUUUCGAAAUUCAAGGCAGUUCCCGUUCUGCAUGCAAAUUCCGUGGACAAAAAUACAGGGGGUUUUUUAUUGUUUCUUAAAGAUGAUGAUGAAGACAAUUUGCCACCUGAUAAGAGACUUAAGAGCAAAAAUUUGGCCAAUGAAUCUUCCGAAUCUGAGAGAAAAGCUGAAGAGUUCAGUUCUGAGACCUCCCACCAUGAUAUAUCAGAAACAAGUGAGAAUCCUGAGGUUGAGGUCACCCUUGAAGACUCUGACCAUUCCUACGUGUUCCGUGAGACAAGACAGAGGAGCACCAGGUCAGUUAAUGAAGAGUCCAGUACUCUGAGAAGAAAAGAGGAAGAGUUCAGUUCUGAGACCUCCCACCAUGAUAUAUCAGAAACAAGUGAGAAUCCCGAGGUUGAGGUCACCCUUGAAGAUUCUGACCAUUCCUACAUGUACCCUGAGAGGCGACGGAGGAGCAGCAGGUUGGUUAAUGAAGAGUCCAGUACUCAGAGAAGAAACAAAGAAGAAUUCAAUUCUGAUUCCUCCCAGCAUGACUCAUCAGAAGGAAGUGAGGUUUCUGAGGCUGACCUCACUAGUGAAGAUAAUGAUGAUGACUACGUACCCGGUGAGAGGAGACAGAGGAGCCCCAAGUCAACCAGCGACUCGGGCAGUAGUGUGAGAAGAAAAGGAAUAAGGUUCAAUUUUGACAAAUGGAAUACACGAAUUACAGACUUGAGAAAAGAAGUUGAAGUGCUGUUUGAGAAAAAAUAUGCUGAAGCUAUCAAGGUAGAGGGCCCAGCAUCUGUCCCAUAUGGAGCCUUCCAGUCCCAUCCAGGGGAUUUGAUUGUGGAGGGGAUGCCAGAUGGGAUUCCCUUCAGGAGCCCGGCCACGUACGGCAUCCCGCGGCUGGAGAGGAUCCUGCUGGCCAAGGACCGGAUCCGCUUCGUCAUCAAAAAGCCUGAACUUCUGAAUAUAACAGAUCCUCCAGAGGUCACUACAGCUUCAAAAGUCUCAAAUCCAGCAAAAGCAGAAUGGUCUUCCAGAGUCACCAAACUGAGAAAGAUGGUAGAUCAAAUUUUCUGUAAAAUGUAUGCCAAGGCUUUGGGGAGCAAUGACCCUAGAGCUGUUCCAUACAAGAAAUUUGAAGCCCAUCCAACUGACCUCUAUGUUGAAGGGCUGCCAGAGAACAUCCCCUUUAGGAGUCCCUCGUGGUAUGGAAUCCCUUGCCUGGAACAAAUAAUUCGAGUGGGCCACAAAAUAAGAUUUGUGAUCAAAAAGCCAGAGCUGCUAAAUCACGUUCCAAACCAAAGUCCUCAGCACAAGUCAAACCCUCAAGGGAGAGAAGAUUGGAAUGUCAAGAUUACAAAGCUAAGACAGGAAGUAGAAGAUAUAUUUAGGGUGAAGUUUGCUGAAGCUCUGGGGGUUUCAGAGUCAGUGAAAGUUCCCUAUGCUGUGUUUGAAUCACACCCUGAGUCCUUGAUGGUGGAAGGUUUGCCAGAAGGAGUUCCCUUCCGGAGCCCCACCUGGUUUGGAAUCCCGCGCCUCGAAAGGAUCAUCCGUGCCAGUAGCAAAAUCAAAUUUACUAUUCAGAAGCCUGACCUUGUCAUUUCCCAUUUGCCUCUAAGACUGGCUAGUAAAUUAAAGAAAACAGGAGUUAGUCCAAGGACCUCCAAAAGGUCACGAAGUUCUUCAGAAAAUUCAAGUGUUCCAGAGAUUGAAGUUACUAUUGAAGAGAGUCCUAAAAAAGGCCAAACUAAAAAUGCAGAAACUGAUUCUAAUACCAGUGACUCCAAUGCAAAUUCAAAGCAACAAGGAAAAGACUUUUCUUUUGAGCUGUGGAAUACCAAAAUCAAUGACUUGAAGGAGAAAGUAGAAAAUAUGUUUAGUGAAAAAUGUGGGGAGGCUCUGGGUCGCAGUGGGCCAGUGAAGGUGCCAUAUGCCCUGUUUGAUUCCUACCCUGAGGAUUUCCACGUGGAGGGACUGCCUGAGGGGGUGCCCUUCCGCCAGCCCACCACCUUUGGGAUCCCCAGACUAGAGAAGAUCCUGAGAAAUAGACCCAAAAUAAAAUUUAUUAUUAAAAAGCCUGAGGUGCUUGAGGCAGCUAUCAAAGAAAGUUCUGGUAAAAGCUCACGAGGAAAAAAUAAUUCCUCCAGUAAUGCCAAUACAGCAAGGACCACAGAAAACACAGUGAAAACAGCUGAACGUAUUGAAGACCUAAACGUUGUUAAAGUAACCAUAAAAGAUAAUGAAAAUGAGCGACUGCCAAGAGCAGAAAAUGCCAGACAAUUGAGAGAGCAAGUAAAUGAUCUUUUUAGCCAGAAAUUUGGUGAAGCCACUGGUAUGAAUUUUCCUGUGAAAGUUCCAUACAGAAAAAUCACUAACAACCCUGGCUGUGUGUUGGUGGAUGGAAUGCCUCCAGGUGUGGCAUUUAAAGCACCCAGUUAUCUGGAACUCAGCUCAAUGAGGAAGAUUUUGGAUUCAGCAGAGUCUAUCAAGUUCACUGUCGUUAGGCCGUUUCCAGGACUUGUGAUUAACAAUCAGCUGCUAGAAGAAGCUGAAGCAGAAGCAAAAUCACCAGCAGCACCAGCAGCAGCCACUACCACAGCAGUACUACCAGAGCCAGCUGAACCAAGCCAAAUAGAAGUAUCUCUAGGAGAUAAGACAGAAACAGAAGAACAGUUUCAAAUAAAGCAAGAUGAAGACCUGACGUCAUAGACCUCAUCAAUACUGGCCAGAAGCUGCCUGUUCUGAGAAGAGCCUGCUCGGCCUGUCCAGAGCUGUGUAAUAUAACUGUAUAAGAGAAGUAUCUUCUAUACAAAUCCUUUUGUACUAUUAUAUAGGAAUGUCUACUUUUUCAGCAGUUCUGUGAAUUGACCUAAUAAUGACUGUAGAUUUGGAUUGUAUCAGUUUACUUUGGAAUAUAUUUUAAGGACUAAACUUGAUGCAGCAAUGCUGGGGAGAUGGCAGGGAUGAAAAUCAACAGGGACAUAGCUCAGGCUGUAUACAUUUUCCAAUAAAGAUUAAUUUCACUGUACCUGAAUGCAUUCUAACUUUUGUAAUGAAAAAAAUCCUGCAAAGAGUUCAGUUUGUUUACUUUGGAGAAAAAACCCCUUUACAUUAAUUUUCAGAUGUUACUUUAAUGUCUCUUUGGACAACAGUAUCUGUAUAUUUGAAUUAAUUUUUCCUGUUAUAUCUAUCAUAUGUUUUUCCUAAAUAAAAGAUAAAAUUAUCCA